GGAAGUACUUCCCGUGUCAAAGGUUGAGCACAUUGUUCCUCCGCGGGAUAUUAUGGUUUAGAUAUUUAUGAAUGAAAUCGCAUUGUGUUAACAAAUUUAGUACUUAUAUUCAACACUUGGGGCCUUUCAACCACACAGAGUGGCUGUAGUUUUAUUGUGCUUAUAGUCUAUUUGAAGAACAGCUUUUGUGGAAGUCAGACUUAACACAAAAUGGCUGGAAUUCUGUUUGAAGAUAUCUUUGAUGUAAAAGACAUUGAUCCAGAUGGCAAGAAGUUUGACAGAGUGUCUCGACUACAUUGUGAGAGUGAAUCUUUCAAGAUGGACCUCAUCUUGGAUGUGAACAUUCAGAUAUAUCCUGUUGAUCUUGGUGACAAGUUCAGACUUGUGAUUGCCAGCACAUUAUAUGAGGACGGAACACCAGAUGAUGGAGAGUACAACCCUCAGGACGAUCGACCGUCUCGAGCAGACCAGUUUGAGUAUGUGAUGUAUGGAAAGGUGUACAAGAUUGAAGGCGAUGAAACAUCAACUGAAGCGGCGACACGUCUCUCUGCCUACGUGUCUUAUGGAGGUCUGCUUAUGAGGCUGCAGGGAGACGCCAACAACCUUCACGGCUUUGAAGUGGACUCCAGGGUCUACCUUCUUAUGAAAAAGCUGGCCUUCUGAGCACCGGUCUACUCCCUCACCCACGCACUGCACUCUGCUGUCAUCUAUCUUUGAAGUCAUAGUGAAAUUCACAUCUCUAGGUCUGGACCAAUUUAACAGAAGAAUAACAUGGACUCUAUUGGAAAAAUAUUUUUGGAAACAUAUUUUCUAUGUGUCUUGAUUCGCGAUAAUGCUUCAACAGAGACGUAGUACAGACUCAAGACUUUGGUAAAAGUGAACAGAUACAAUCUCAUGCUCAAGCAAUUGUAAAUAAAUAUUUCUUUUAUAAAAAACUAUGUUUAGCUGAUGAUCAACCUGGAUAAUGUUUUUGUUUUGUGGCUUGAUGUCCAUUUACCAGGGUUUCUGCACAGUCUUGAUUUCAGCUCUGGGUGGAGCUUUUUGUAGUGUAUAUUUUACAACUAAUGGAAACAUUCAAAGUACCAGACAUUUGCAUAAGGAUCUUGAUCCAAUGUGGGGUUUAUUGUUUUUUUUUUUCAUCUCAAAACCUGCAGAUAUUCACCUUAAACAUC